AUGCCUCGCAAGAAGCGUGCGUCCGUCGUGGACACUCUGCUCAGUGUCAAGGGCGUGGCCAGAUUACUCAGGAAUAUCACGGUGCAAGAUCUAUUGGGGUCUGGCAAUAUUGUCGCUAGCCGCUCAAACAGCCUUGCGGAGCAAUCUUCCAGCGAUCGACGCUCGCGACGUACCUCAGAAAGCUCAGGGAGCAAGCGUCGUCAUCAGCGAGGGGGAACGCGUACAAAAUCAGAGCAUCCGGGUGCUUGGCCAGAGAGCCCUGAGCCCCGGGAUCCCGAAGAUACUUUCCAAGAUGACGAGUCCGAAGCGGUUCUCGAGUCCGAUAGUCGCUACGCCCUCUUCCAAGACAGUCGCAAUGACUUCUCAGAACCUUCCACCAGAAGCCAGUCCACUCGUCGUACGGGGACCACCGUCCAAGUUCCUACCCAGCGGGGCGCCAGAUCUGUUCCUUCCUCUUCCAGGGAUGCCGCCAAAUCGAAGUCACUGCGCAUUGAUGGGGGCUAUAGACGCAAGCCCAUGCGUGAAGAUACCGAUCUUGAGUCUUCCGGCUCGGAAAGGUCGGCCACACGCCACAUGAAGUCUCAUGGUAGACCAAAGUACGACGAUAGGUUCGAUCACGAGUCUGCGCCUGCUUUUGCAGCGGAGACGGCCAACAAUAAGAAUGAGCCCCAGAGAGAUUAUUCCAGCGCUUCAGAUGACGAUCAAUACCAGACAAAGAGAGACCACGGCGGUCGUUCUUACCACCGCCAAUUCACGAAGCCGAUGCCACGCCGCCAGGUUCGCUUCGUCAAGUCCAAGGCUCAGCUUCGUGAAUUGGUAGACAUCAAGCUGUCACCAUCUCAGUGCGGAAAGUUUGAAGCUCACUACCAGAAGAUGCUGGCUCAAAAGCAGGGCCAGGGCUUGGAUAGUCCGAAGCAACCUCAGUCCCCAGCUCCAAACCCGUCUUCUGAUGCACCUCCAAUGUCGUCUCAGUCCGCAGCACCUGAGUUGCUUACAGCUCCCUCAUUGCCUGCUUCACCAGUCUCCACGAAAUCUCGUGCACUUUCUGCGGCGUCUGUGCCCAGAUCCAGGACGGCGACGGCGUCUGAGAUAUCGGUUCCUGUGGCAUCACCUUCCGCGUUCCGCACAAGUACUUCAUCUACGGCUGCUACCGUGUCUUCAGCCUGGGAUUCUACCGCAUUUUCGGCUACUGCGUCUAGGGCGCCUUCUUGUACAUCUACUAGGGCACCGUCUCGUACGGCUUCUAUAGCACCUUCUUGUGCAGCUUCUAGGGCUUCUUCUCUUACAGUGUCCAAGAUUCAUUCUCGUACAACCUCUAGAGCACCUUCUCGUACAGAUUCAAGGGCUCCUUCUCGCACAAUUUCUAGGGCCUCAAAAACUCAACAGAAUGGCUUUGAUUCCUUCAUCGCUACUUCAGCCGCUUCUUCUGUGAAAACAACACCUAGUUCUCGGAAGAGUUUUUCAAACCCCGUGGACCCUGUCAUAUCCCCUCGUCCAGAGUCUACUCAGGCUGCACCCAUGUACAAGAAUCCGGUAAACGAGGAGCAUCCGCACGAGCAGCCGGGCGAGAAGGUUGAUGAGCAUGGCGACAAGCAGCACGAUGUGCAGGUUAAUGAGGGACCGGGUGAGCAGGUUGACGGGCAGGUCGACGAGCAGGUCGAUGAACACGUUGACAAGCAGCUUGGUCAGCACAUCGACGACCAGGCCAACGACCAGGGUAACAAACAGCCCGACCACCAAGCCAAGAAUUCUGUAUCAACGAGCAAGGAGACUGCACAUGGCGGGCAUGCAACUAUCCCAGACGUUGCCAUCAACGGCAACAACGAGACCGGUUCCAAAAAGUGUCCCUUGAAUGGCCUUCUCCCCGAGGUCUAUGAUUGCAAGCACGAAACUCGGCAUUGCUUCGCCUGCAGUCGUCCCAGAGACAUGCGGUAUGUUGAUUUCAGGCAUAGGUUUUGUCGUGGAGAGGAACCACAGCGUAGUCUUUGCCGCACCUGUCGUAGGCGCCUUGACCGGAACAUGGAACUCGACCCAAAGCCCAACAGUAGCAAUAAGAGGACGCUCACGGACAUCAAAAAAUUUCACUGGUGUGCGCAAUGUGGCACCAUACGAUCCCACAAAUUCCAUGAGCAUUACCCCUCAGGAACGGAGGUCCCUCCUCGUCACCAGCUGUGCCAUCCAUGCUGCAACUUCGCCAAGUUACCUCCCAAGAGCGGAUCGUCCACUUAUAACCCACCUAAGGUAGACGAUGACGCCAGCAACAAUAGCAAGAAGCGAGCAAGUGGUGAUGAAAAGGGCCAGGCCGGAAAUUCACUGCACCGGCGUAAAGACAUCAGAUCAGCUGAUGAUCGUCCUCAAGAUGGCCCAGCUGUGGUCGAACCCCUGCCUUCAAACAUCCCAGCUGAGGAAACGCAUUCCCCGAAACCUUCGACACCUGUCGUUAGCCCUGAUCCAGGUCAUCAGCAUCAUCCCUCGAAGUCUCAUGCCAUGGCCGAAACUUUGGCGUCACGAACCGCUGCUGAAAGCUCAUCUCAGGCUCAAACCCAGAGGUCUGUCGCUGAUUCUGCACCUGGCAAGCACGAUUCUCCUGGUGGCUUAGGCGACUUCAAUUCCCAGUCAUGGCAGAUCCCAGCUGACGACAGUCCUCCUCCUCAACGCAAGAGGUCUACUGCCAACUAUGGCUAUGGCCAAGGUAACGAGGGCCAAUUCUACGAGAAUCUCCAUGUGAACUAUCAUGAGAUCCUUGACCAAGAGGACAUUUGGAAUCAUCAAGCCAACCAUCAUCGUGACCGCCAUGAAGUCAGCUUACCAGAGAUUUUGCUCACAGCUCCCACUGAGGAGGUUCAUAUCACGCAGCCAACCGUGGUUUUGGAUGAGCAAUGCCCUGGAAGCCCCCUCCACGAUAACCUUCCUCAGUUCUCUUGGAAAGAUGGUCCCGCGCGUGAUCAUUCAAAGUAUCAGCGUCAACCAUCAAUGCAAUCACAGGCAAGCAUUCAGACUGUGCGCCCCUCGGACAAUAACUUCUCAUCCUGCCGCAGCAAAGAGAACUACCCGGAUUACCCUCGUCAGCAUAAUACCCCAAGACAGUUUCAUUGGCCGACUGAGCGGGGAGAGGUGGACGACAACCAGCCCAAAGGGCUCUCCGACAUGUUUUACGAAACAGAUGAGGGCAAGCGCGCCGAUGCCUUCUUUGCUUCCAUGAGCAGCUGGUCAGAGCCUAAAUCCAAGCCGAAACCUCGGGCUGAAUCGACAGAGAACUACAACACUUGGCCUCCCAGCUCCUAUGAUACAACGGAGCCGGCGGCCCACGAGUACCUAGAGAAGCGUCGGUCUAAGAGACCAAGUGUCAUUCCCGGUUCGCCUCCCCAUGGCCACGUGCGCAAGGCCAGCGACUCCUUGUCAGUCGAGACGGUCGGUGUGUGGCAGGGCGUCACUCCAGGAGCGCCUAAGGCGGAGGUUACAGAGCCGGAAUCUCCGGCUGGCGAAGAGGUGAGUCAUGUUGCUUGUCGCGUGCGUCCUUCCCGUAAAAAGGGAGCAAAGCAGGACAGUGGCUCGGCUGCGUCGAAUUUCUAG